AUGAGAAGAAGCAAGCGUCUGCAGGCGAAAAAAACUGUAACUUCUUCCGAAAAUGAAGGAAGUAGUCAAGAUGAAACUGGAGUAAUUGAAACACUUGAGUCCACCUCUAAAGAAAAUGAUUACAUUGCGUUGAAAACUACAAACAGUGAAGACGAAGAAGAGAAUGAUGAACAAGUUUUCUGUGUAGGCAGGAUAGGAAGUUCACAAGAUGAGCCACUAGCAAAUGCAGGGAAUUCUUCAGCUCUCUCUGAAACAGAUGAAUUUCUCAGUAUUCCAGACGAAUUUAAACGAAAAGUAAAAGAGUAAGUCGUACCUCAGACGUUUACCAUUCGACUUCUGUAAGCUGGUUCGCUCUCUGUAAUUCACACAUCUGAUCACCGGAGACAAACAACAAAUACCAUCAAAUUUCGGUGUUAUCUUUGCUUUCUUUGGCCUUUAGCACUGUUCGAUUCACUCUAAUUUAGUGGGACUUAUUGCCAAUUUUCUAGGUGUGUGGCGAGUUUUGUCUUUGUGGCCUUCGUUGUUUAUGCAGGCCACCUUUAAAUUAAACCACCUUUGGGCUAAACUGGGCCAGCCUGUCUUAAAAUCGCAAUGACGUACAUACAUAGAGUGACUUUACAGGUUACAGAUGAUUAACAAGGAGUUGAGCAAGUUCGAUUUACAUGGCCUAAUCAGCUUAGAUGUUUUACGAUCACUUCCAUCUAUGGUCAUUUGAUUUCAUUCCAAGUCAGUUUGUUCUAAGUUUUGGCCAGAAUGUAUUAUUAUGUGUAUCAUAAAAAAGUAGUAUGUGCACUAUAAGGAGGUAAAAAAGAGGCCAACUCUUGACUGUUCUGGAUGAGUUCAAUGCACAACAUUUCAGUCGUUCAGCCUUCUUCAGGUUAAAAAUUAAAAACUAAAAAUCUAUUUACAAUGAUUGCAACUUAUAUACAAAACAGAAAUUUUAGGAUUGAGGUUAUGUAAUACAACAAAGGUCUAAAUUACAAACUGUGAAGGGUUAAACAAUGAAAGGCAAAUAAAGAACUAUGGGUGGCAUGUGAAUACAAAUAAGUGACAAAAAUUAGAGAGAAAAAGGAAUCUAACUUAAUUAGUAGUGUUUACUCCUGAGUAACAAGCUCCCCAUUGAAUAUACACACACACAUAUAUAUAUAUAUAGCAGGUAAUUUAGUGUUGACAACUGGGUUGAAAACGUAAAUUAACCACCGUAAAGGGUAAAAAAAGCUGACGUUUCGAGCGUUAGCCCUUCGUCAGAGCGAUUGAUGUCUUUGUUCUUUCAGCUGACGAAGGGCUAACGCUCGAAACGUCAGCUUUUUUUACCCUUUACGGUGGUUAAUUUACGUUUUCAACCCAGUUGUCAACACUAAGUUACCUGCUAUACUCUCCCACCGACGCAGCACCACAGUUUCUUUAGAAACUUACCCCUUUAUAUAUAUAUAUAUAUAUAUAUACAUACAUACAUACUAAAUGGAGUUUGUUGUUGUUUAGUCCUUCAGAGCUGUCAUCAGAGCUACAAGUUGGUAUCAAUACACAAGAUUUAUAUCUCAAGUUUGACAAAAACAGCUUCAAACCUGUCACAACAAGUAAAAGCUUCAAUGACAUCUGUAAUAACAGAGAGGUAAAACAACUGCUUACCAUCAUAUGGUUUAAGUGUAUUUUUUGAGAUUUCAACCAAAUCAUAUGGCUGUUUAGACUUAUGAUUAAUGAAUUUUGGAAAUAAAUUCUUGAUAAAAUAUUAAAUUUUGUUAUACUAACAUAAUGCUUUUGUCAUGAUUUGAAUGUUAAGGUUUUGAGUACUGGCAUGAUGAUGUCCUUUGUUCUUUCAGCUGUUGAAAAGAAGUGUGAUCACAAGUGAUUUUGAAAAACAGCAGUCUAUUCCCCCAAUGCAUGUUUCCCGAUAUGCUCAGAAAAAACAGAGGAAGGUAAUAUUUUCAUUCUAUUAAUUACUUCCUCAUAAAUCCAAGAUACAGCAAUUUUGAUUUUAGUUUCAAGCAGUGACUUUCCAUACUUUACAACUUCAUGAUGACAAUGAUGAUUAUUUUUGAGGUGAAAUAAAGAAAUGUUUUAUCUUCAAAUGAAGUUUCCUAAGGUUACUGUCAACAAAAUAGGGUGCUUUCCAUAAAAAUUGUCCUUCGCAUGUUACUUUUAAAGACAUCAUAGAAAACUAUAUGCCACUGUUAAACUUCUUAAGUACAGAUUACAAAGAUAACAAAAUUUUUCAAAAGUCUUGUUAAGGUAGUUGAGCACCAGCCUUUAAACUCAACACUGACAGUGUUUGCUUUACUGAAUUACCAGCCUCCAUAUUACUGUGAACCCUCAAAUAAAUUGGACAGGAUCACUCAGCAGAUAAUAGGCUAACAAAGUGUGUUAGGCCACGAAGUUGGACAAUAGGAAAUAUUUUGGUUGUUAUCAGGCUUUGUGAUGUUACAAGAGAAAUAUUUCCAAUUUCAUCAUAGCAUCACACACUUUUGUGCAUUCAUAUCUGAUGAAUGUUUUGGCCAAUUUUCAUAAAAAUCCAGCAAAUCUACAUACCCCAUUAAUUUGUUCAAGUAGAGGUAACUCAUGUAAAAAAAAAACCAUGAGUACUUGACUUCUAAAGAAAUCACAGUUUUCGCACCUCAUUGAAGGGCAUGUCAAAGUGGUCAUGCCUCUGUCCAAUGAAAUACAACAUUGAACCCCAUUGCAAGUCUUGUGAUAAAGAACUCCUUUGAAAUUUACGGGAAAGGUCAUUUCACCCAAAGAGGAACAUGAAUUACACAAAAUCUAAAGUUCAUUGGGAAAAACAGAAGGAAAAGUGGGCAAAGCAAGCUAGGAAAAAAGGAAAACUCGACUUUUAUUUAUUUAGCUUGGGCUCUCUCACAACUUUCCUCUUUUUGUUAGUUUAAUGAAGACUCUCUUUUCCCAACCUUUUGCACAUUUUGUUAGAAAUUCCCUUUUGUUGCGAAGUGCAAGACAUGAUGUAAACAAAUUAUGCAAAUAGAGAUCACAGAUGAAAGCCUGCUGCAAAUGCUAAUGCUAUGCUAGAGGCCCUGAUUGUGACACCUUUGCUCUUCUGUACAGGUUCCCCCAAAACAUUCUUUCAACUAUAUUUAACAUUCUUUUGGUGAUUUUACAAUUUUUUGGCAAAUUAAACUUGACUGCUUUCUCUAAUUAAAGAGCGAAAAUAACCAAACUUUUAAUAUUUGACCAGAUUUUGUUGACAAAAACUUUAAGAUAACUUGACAUGCAUUUACAUACAUGUAUGUAAAUAUUAAGAGGAAAUUGACUUUGAAAACCUGUUUUUAUGUCCAGUGAAAUGAAACUACAUAUAUGUAAGUUGUUUUUCAUCAAUGAUAGCAGCCAUCAACAACACAUGCCGUUUUUGUUCGUAACUCAAAUUCAAUCACUUCAAUGAGAAAUGAGUAGCAGCAUUAAAGCAGAGAAUGGCGUCAAUCUAACCGAUAUGAUUCAUAGACCAGAACCUACCAUGCAGUUGUUCAUAGGGCAGGAAACACUAUCCAACAAAUAAAUUGCUGUCCACCAGAAUAAGAUAGAGAUUUAAUGGCUGGAUAGCAUUAUCCUCCUUUCAAGCAACAAGGGCUAGGAUUUACGUUAUUUACAUAUAGAUCCUUAGCUGCCCUUAAUAAAGCUGAAAAAUUGUAGACUGCAGGCAAAAAUUGUAAUUAUUGAAAGUGGUCAUGUAAAGAAUGUAAAUGUAGUUUUAGCUUUCUUUGGUCAAAUUUUGAGGUCAGUUGCUUAUUGAGAUAUUUAGAUGUACACAAUGUAAUCCAAUUUUGUGUGUCCUUGGGCAUUCUAGAAAGCUAGAGAGGAGACUGCAGGACCAAUGUGGUUUAAUCUUCCAGCAACUCAGAUUACACCAGAGAUUGAACGUGACAUGAAGUUAAUGAAGAUGAGAAAUGUUUUAGACAAGAAACACCAUUACAAGAAAAAUGAUUCAUCAGCGUUACCCAAAUAUUUCCAGGUAUGCUAUUAUUACUAAUUAUUCUUUUAAGUUAAUCCUAGUAUGACAUGCAUAAUCUUUCAAGGAAUUAAAACAGCCUUCUAUAAUUUCUUUGAUUUGAGAUAUGAUUUGUUUCAACCUUGUAACUCCCAUGAGUGACCAAGCCAGAAUUUCUCCUUACAAUAUCAAUACAAUGUCAAGCAGACAAGUGAUGAGAAGGAAGAAAAAUAUCAAUUAGGGGAUUAUAAGUUUAUACAAUCCCAAAUUCUCCAAACUAACAUUACAAGAACUGUAUGGCAGACAGAAAGGAGAAUUACUAAUGAGAUCUAGGGAGUUAAAGGAUUAAUACUACUGACAGCUUAAAACCACCACACAAAGCACCAACUUUUGAGGAAAGUUUAGCAAAGGAAAAAGUGUUUUUAUCCCUCAUACCUGCUGUCAUUGCAAAUAUUCUGAAAUAGAAGCUGAUAGAAGAAGAUUUUUGUGUAACCCUUGUUUUUUGUUGUGUGUAUUAUAGAAACCUCAAUUUUUAAGUAAAUUCAAGGGGUCCUCACUCCUGUUGAGGAAAAGUAACACAGUUUAACUUCAUGUAUUUCCUUGUGAUAUCAUUAUGAUUGAUUCAGGAGUACUGUUAUUUCAUGUUGAUUAUCAAUUGGUAACAAGUUUAAUUAAUCGGCUAAACAACCAUUGCUGUUGGUAAUAGGAAGGUGGGUUAUGAACUUGCUAAAUUCACAUUUGUGAAUGUGAUAGUUUUAGUAGUGUGCAUGGAACUACAGGUGACAAUUAUGUUUAAAACAAUAUCUAGGAUGACCACAAGGAGUCUACUGAUAUAGGCAACAACAAUAUGUCAACUUGAGGAAGUCUAUUGCUGAACAUGUACAAAAUGUUAUUGAACUAGAAUCAGCAUAUCUUUGGUCCUGUUGUUUAGAUUGGUACAGUUGUGGAGGGUACAGCAGACUUCUAUUCCUCUCGUAUUCCAAAACGGCAACGAAAGACUAACAUGAUUGAUGAGCUUCUUGCAGAUGCUGAAUUUAGGAGGUAUGUCUAAUUACUCAAUUAUUGUAAUAUCAAUGGCGUUGGUUGGUGUAACAUGGGGUUUUAGGCUAAAAAGGAACUUAUUUUAUUACUCUAACAUACAGCAAGCAGUUACAAGUUGAAAACCACAAAAAAUUAAUAACCCCGAAGGCCCAUAAUACUGAACAAAGCUGUAACGUUGGCGUGCCCACAGUACAGUUGACCAUGCAUGUUAAAAGUAGCACCUUGUACGGUUGUACGGUCGUACAUCCAAAUUUUUUUGGCUUGAUGGGUUACUAAUAUUUUGUAUAAUUAUGGGGCUAUGCUCUGCGAGCUCCGCUAUUAUUAUUAGGUCAUUAGUAGCAAGCUUAUUUUGAUUAAUUGAUGUGUAUGUGCAUAUGUUUGCCAUUUCUAUAAAGCUGGUAAUUUAUGCCUGCAUAGUUCCAACAAUGUUUUGUCACAGAAACUAAAAAAGUAGAUUUAUUUUGUCAUAUGAAGAUAGAUUUUAUUAUGCUUUGUUGAAUUUCUCUUGAUAUUAGUCCAAGUACCUCGCAUUAGUCCUUUCUUUUGAAAGUCUUUUUUUUUCAUUGAAGGUUCAUAUGCAAACUUUCUUUCUCACUAUGAGUAACAUUUUUCAAUGGAGACACAAGUACAGACCAUGCCUCAGUUUAUCUUCCCUUGGAAAAAUACAGUUGUAGGUGGAAUUACAUGAAUAUUAAUGCACUGUAUUUGUCUGUUGCAGAUACAACAAGAAAAAAUACCUAGAAAUACAAGCUGCAAAACAAAGUGGAAAGAAAGGGUUUUAUAAACAGAAAAAGGACAAAAGAAAACAAACUGCAAUGAGAAGUUGAGGCAGUGACUUUGAUGCUACAGUAUUUUUACGGUUAUGAUGAGCCACUUUUCAAUUAUUUAUUCAUUAUAAAACAGUCAAGAAGUAAAUGUAUUUUCCUCAAUGGUGGGGACCAAAGAUCAAGUUGUCAAAUUAGUAAGUAAACAUUUGAAUGUUAUUUCAGCAAAAUUCAAUUUUAGAUCUGCAAAGUUUUCAGAAACCCUCACCUAAGAGGUUAUGUCUACAAUGAAAUUAAGUCAAUCAUCUUGACUGGAAAACCUUACUCAAAGGAAGACAGGGUGGUGUAUUGGGCUAGCCUAAGCUAUCACACAUUAAUAUGAAAAAAUAUUGGGAUAAAAGUAAGUAAAUAAUAGUCUAUCAAUAAAUCCAAAGCUGGUCUCAUGGCAUCACAAUGAUGACUUGAAAUAUUUAAUAAACAGUAACUCCCUCAUCUUGAAAUUUGUUGGAUGUGGUCAAAUUAGUGUAUUUCAUUCUCCAGCUCUUUUUCUAGAGAUAAUGUGCAUAUCUAUGGCAUAAACUCUUUGUUAAUAGCCCCAUUUUUCAAUUUAUUACAUGGUCACCACUGUCAUAAGUUUAUGAAAUCCCCUGACUGACCAACUGAAUAUCCAAUUUCACAUAUGAGUACCUUGAACAGCCUCCAA